CAACGCAUGUGAAUCUAUUAGCAGCUCAGAUCCAAAGCAGAUUUCGAUUAUCUUACGGAAUGUUAAUUCAGCGCGUGUUGUUGGCGGUCACARCGCUUUGCUGGUCAUUCCACGCGGCGAACGGAGAUACAAAACCGGAAAAACUCACAAACUUUCGACCCAUCUCACAGGCAGAGUAUGAGGCCAUACUCAGCCUAACCGAUGGUGAGACGGUUGUAUCGGAGGGUCGUCUUAUAAACRGUGGCCUUGCGGCGUUAGCCGGUUUGACUACGGGCUGGGUUACGAGUUUGCGUUUCCCCAAUAUCUUCRGCUCAUUUAUGCCGGCGCAGAAAACACUCAACGACAGUUAUCCACUUUGUGUCAUUAGAACUGAAGAAAACCCAGAAAGCCAGCAUCAUCACGAGUAUCACGGUUACCAUGAGCGUCACAGCCGAAAAGGCCGCUCAGACGACAAUGAGAGUCAUGAAAGUUCGGAGCAAGACUACCAUCAUUAUGCUCAACAACAGUACCAUGAAGAUCACUCGCAUGAAGACCACAGCGGGGAAUAUAUUAGCAGCAUUGAAAUGCCGUGGAAUACGAACAAGUUGGCGCCAGUUGUAAAUUGUAUUGUUGUGCUGAGAGAAGAUGAGAAGCAUGGUAAUGAUUAUCAUGAUACUACAACCAAGCGGCCAAAACGUAAGCGCAGCAAACAUAGACCAUACCCKGUAUUACUACCAGUGGCCCCGCCAACUCAAUAUGUACCUCAACAUCAAGCGCCUCUACCAUCACCGGCUGUUGGGUAUCCAUACUCGGCAGCGCAGAGUCCAUACUCGCCUUACGGUAGUUAUAACAAUCCCUGGUAUUGGCAACCAMCUUACUACAAUCCGUAUUCCAGUGAGCCGAACGCUUUUACCGCCUAUCCAGAUAUUUACGCAACAAAUAAUCCAGUCCCUUAUAUUCGCAAUUACCCAGGUGCCUAUCCUGACYCUUUUGCCUCCUCUCCCGCAAGCGAUACUUCUAGUCCUUAUUACGACGCCCCUCCAGACGCCUAUUCAGAUCCUCCCCCAAGCACUUACCCAAGCGAUUCUUACAACCCUCAGCCAAGCAGCUAUACAAGCCAUUAUUCCAUUGAGGAGGGCGCCGUAAAUCGCAAGAGUCCUUCACAAAGCUCUGAACCCAGCUACAACUAUGGUCCACCACCUAACAGAGCCACUUUUGCGGCAGUAGACCAAGAACGCUAUAAAAAAUAUUACGAUGAGCGCAUUAGGGAGAGCCAAAAAGCUUCAACAAAGGCGAAAAAGUCAACAUCAGCUUCAACGAUACCGACAACUAGCAAAAAACAGAAACCGAAGCUCACCUCCAAAUCACGACCAUCAAAUGAUCACAUAGACUCCAGCYCCGUGCCAACCAAAGUUCCAAUUAGAGGAAGGCAUUCGAAAGUGAAACGCGAUGAGAGCGGUACACAAACUCGUUCGUAUGCGAAGAUCGCAAGUUACUCGGAAAGCGGUUAUCAGCCCACGCUGUACCCACAAUAUAACUAUCAGUCCAGCUAUCCGAAGGUCUCAUACACCCACGCUCUGCCCUACCUAGCUCCCGUUUAUGUGAGAAAUAGCAUUGAACAGUCGUCUGAAGCACCGAACACGAAGCAAUACCGAGUACAUGCGACUGACGCGGAGAGGGAGGGCUAUCUGUCGGAGAACAGGCAAGCAUAGUCUAGGAUUGAAAGUAUAUAAAUUAAUAUUCUAUUGCAUAUAAUUAA